AUGUCUGAUGACGUACCGCCGACAAAGAAAAAGAGAUACUCUGAAGAAUUUAAAAAUGAUGCUAUAAAGCGUGUCAGGAAUGGCGAAAAAGAUUACGAAGUGGCACAGGAUCUAGAUAUCCCCAGAACUACCCUCGCGACGUGGAAGCAAAAAGACCGAGCGGCUGAAUCAAACAAAGGCAGAACAGAUCAAACAGAGAAGCAAUUCGAUUUGACUGUGAACAAAACAGCACAACCAUCGGUUGAACUAGACAACGAAUAUGCAUCACCAAUUCACUCCUCCAAUAAAUUAGGAAAAGAGAGAGAAAACUAUAGUGCUGAGCAACAAGGAAGUACACAAGAGCAAAUUCGGAUUAAAAGACUGAAUGAUAUAUACAUUCCUUCAUCGACACCUAUUUCUUUGUUAAACGAAAAUAACACUUCUUCAGCGUACGGCAACAAAAACACUAACGAAACUAUCGGAACUUCAGAUAAUCCAUAUCUUAUCGAUAAUAAAAGAAAUGAUAAAUAUGAGAAGCAAAUAGAUGUGAAUAUGUGCAAUGAAGUGCCAAAAAAGACUGAACCAGAGAGAAAAAAAUAUUCUACUGAACAGCAACAGCGUGCAAUUGCACGAGUUCAGAAAGGAGAGAAAAUUGCAACAGUUAGCAAUGAUAUGGAUAUCCCUCCAUCGACCAUCAGAACUUGGUUAAAAAAAUGUAACUCUCCUUCAGCGAAUAGCAACGAUCAUCGACAAGGGAUUAUCAGUACUGCAAAACAUUCAUAUCCUGUCUUGUUCGGUGAAAACAAUGAAAUGACGGAAUAUAUUGCGCCUGAUAGAAACCUGGGUAUGACACUUGACAGUAUAUCUCCAAGUUCUACAGAAUCAACAGUACCAACCAAUAAAGAAAAGAAAAAAGAAUAUAUGCUAACAGAAAGCAUGCCAUAUACAAAUGACCUUCAAUAUCCAGAGGUAUCAAAAAGUGCCAAUGAAAUGACAAAGAAACAAACAGAUAUAACAAAAGAUAUCACUGCAAACGGUUUCAGCGAAGAAUGUUCGAAACAUCAAAAAUACAAAGAAACGGAUUCAGUUAUUGGUAAUAAGAGAAACAAAGAAGAAAAGAAAGCAAGUGAUGAAAACUCAGAACUAAGUUCAGGAACUGACAGUAUAAAAACUGAAAAUGCAUCGUUGGCACAUAAGGCGAAUUUGCUAGAAGACAAAGCAAAUAAUGUUCGUACUGGUGAAGGAAAGCGAACUGGAUAUACGCAAGAAGUGAAGAGAAACGCUUUAGAAAGGGUAAAGGAAGGCGAAAAAAUUUCAUCAGUUGGCAAAGAUCUGGGAAUUCCUUAUUCUACAUUAUCGGACUGGAUAAAAAAUGAGGUACUGUAUGACAUUUGCAAAAUGUCUGAUGACGUAUCGCCGAAAAAAAGAUACUCUAAAGACUUUAAAAAUGAUGCUGUAAAACGUGUCAGGAAUGGCGAAAAAGAGGAUAAAGUGGCACAGGAUCUAGAAAUUCCAAGAUCUACACUCGCGACUUGGAUGCAAAAAGACCGAGAAAAGUUAUCAACAACUAAAUCAAACAAAGACAGAACAGACCAAAUUGAGAAGCGAUUUGUUUUUACUAUGAAUAAAACAGUACACCGGUCGGCUGACCUAGACAAUGAAUAUGCAUCACCAAUUCACUCCUUUAAUAAUAUAGAAAAAGAGAGAGUAAACUAUGGUGCUGAACAACAUGAUAGUACUCAAGAACAAAUUCGGAUUAAAAAAUCGAAUGGUGACUUACCAGCUGAACUUGCCAAUAUGAUACAAGGAAGUGUCAGUGGAAACAAUAUUGAGGUGCAAACUGAUCGCUCGAAAAUGAUGUCUGAUCGCCAACUGCUAUACUAUGGCGAAGAGAACCAGUGUGAAGAAUUUAACAUUCCUAUUAAUACAUCUGAGAAGACGCCGUCAGUUACUGAUCAUGCCCAGUCGUCGAGUUCUGCCUUCCAUAACUUAGAGAGAGAAAACUAUUCGAUCGAACAGCAACAGCUUGCAAUUGCUCUAGUUUUGUCAGGGGCGAAAAUUGAAACAGUAAGCAUAGAUAUGGAUAUUCCUCCAUCGGCCAUUAUUUCUUGGUUAAACAAAAAUAACACUCCUUCCGUGGACGACAACGAAGACAUAAACGAAACUGUCAGUACAUCUUCUUUGAAUGAUCCAUAUUUUGUCGAUGAUACCAGGAAUGAUGAAAAAGAGAAGCAAAUAGAUAUUGAUAUGUGCAAUGAAGUGCAAAAAAAGACUGAACCAGAGAGAAAAAAAUACUCUACUGAACAGCAACAGCUUGCAAUUGCACGAGUUUUGACGGGGGCAAAAAUUGCAACGGUUAGCAAAGAUAUGGACAUCCCUCCAUCGACCAUCAGUACUUGGUUAAAAAAAGCUAAGCCUCCUACAGCGGAUGGCAACGAAAAUCGGCCAGAAACAUUUAUUACUGCAAAACAUCCAUAUCCUAUUGUGCUCGAUGAAAACAAUGGAAUGACGGAAUUUAAUGCACUGGUAGAAAAUCUUGAUGGAAACCUGUGUGCGGUAAAAGACAGUAUAUCUCCCAGUCGUACAGAAUCCACAGUUACCGCACCCCUCAAUAAAGGAAAGAAAAAAGAAGAAUAUAUGCUGACAGAAAGCAUGACACAUACAAAUGUCUUAAAAUUUAAAUAUCCAGAGGGAUCAAAAAGUGCCAAUGAAAUGGCAAAGAAGCAAAUGGAUAGAAAAAAAGAUGUCACUGCAAAUAGUUGCAGCAAAAAAAGUCCAGAACAACAAAAAUACAAAGAAACGGAUCAAAUGAUUGUGAAUUGCAGUCCUCGAGGAGAGAAAACAUACGUCACUCCUAGCACUUCUCCAUCGAACAAUUCUAUCUGGAUAGCAAAAGCAGGGGAGAAGUUGCGAGAACUAUACAAGUCAAAGGACGUGCGACCAAAUAAACAAUUAUGUAACGAACCUGAAAACGAUUCAAAGCAAUCAAAUAACAAUGCAACUAGUAAUGAACGGUGUGAUGUGUUUCGUUCUCCUUGUUCAAGUGAUGAAAACUCAGGACUUUGUUCCAUAACUGACAGUAUAAAAACUGGGAAUACAUCGUUGGCACAUAAAUUGAAUUUGCCAGACAAAAACGCAAGAAUGAUCUGUACCAGGGGUGUGAAACGAAUUGGGUACACACCAGAAGUAAAGAAAAAAGCCUUGGAAAGAGUGAAGGGAGGCGAAAAAAUUGCAUCAGUUGGCAAAGAUCUUGGAAUUCCUGGCUCUACAAUAUGGGAUUGGACAAGAAAAGAGAAAAUGACGAGAGAAAAUGCUCAGCUUGAUGAUUGUGUUCCACCUGUAAAAUGGAAAAAGUGGCAGGAGAUCAUGAGCGCAGAAAAUUAUGGUAAGGGAUGGACUGAACGUGAUAUAGGUUACAGACUUGAGAAACUUUCGCAAUAUUUUGAAGACAAAUAUGGACUCUUCGAAUUUGCAGUUUGUAAACCAACAGAAAAGUCUGUUAAAGUGGAAAAUAUUGUUUAUGUUAAAGACGGAAAAAUACUUACACUUCUAGAAAGACAUUGCAGGUAUGGAUUUCAGAAGUCAAUAUUAAUCAAUAAUAAACUGCGAGAUGGUUACAGCAUUAAAGCACGGUAUUAUUGUGUUACAAGUAAGGCGGAAGCUGUAAAAGAGAAAACGAAGUUACUGCAACAUCAUGACUACGCUUGGAAUAAACAAUGCAGAGAUGAUGUUGAUGAUUAUCGUUUACCAGGAGAAUGGGGUCGAUGGAUACAAGUUAUUUCUCCCAUUGUGGAUUGUGCAGCAGAAAACGACUGGGUUAAAAGGGAUUGUGGAUACAAAUGUACAAAUUUAGAGACAUGGAUGAAAGACGAGUUUGGUGUUUUUGAAAUGGCAAUUGUAAACCUAAACACAAGGGAUACAAGCGUUGUGUUGAUGGAAUAUGGGAAGAUACUGACAGCGAUUGGAAAGUAUUGCAGCGAUAGUUCUUCAUCCAAAUCUGCACAGAUAAAUGAUGUCUUAAAUAAAUGGUAUGGAGUUCUUGUAAGAUGUUGUUAUGCAAAGUCUGGGGCGGAAAAAGAAGCACAAGUAGCGGAAUCGAUCUUGUUGGAAAGAUAUGUUUAUAACUGGCAUAAACAAAAGACAAAACGUGAACAUAUCAGGGAUGAGCAAGUUAUGGGAAGCUGGACGGAGUGGAAACUCAUAAUGGUACCUGGUCAGACAGACGGUUUUAUAAGACGGGAUGGCAGUAACGGUGGUUUCCGAUAUAACAACAUUGAGGCUUUAUUUCAGGACCAGUUUGGGGUUUUCGAACUUCAGAUAGCAAGAGGUGACAGCAAGGAAGUCAUCUAUGUACAACAUGGGAAGAUAUUGACACUGCUUCAAAGAUACUGUAGUGACGGAUAUAAAAGAUCACUUAUGAUCAACCGGGCGUUGGACGAAGGCUACAAUAUAUCAGUACGAUAUCAGUAUGUCAACGCUAACAAUGGCAAGGAAAAUGCUACAGCAGUUCUUCGACAGCUAUUGUCUAUAUACGAUUAUGCUUGGAACAAAACUCGUCGAGAGAACAUUGACGAUGAGGAUAUUGCGGGAAACUGGUCAGAUUGGGUCACUAUGAUGACACCACAGAUUCGAGAGGGAUGGACACAACGGGAAAAUGAAGAUGCAAGCAAAGGUUACCACCCUAACAACUAUGCAAAAUUAUUUGAGGAAAAAUAUGGCAUUUUUGAAAUGAAAGUGGGAUAUCAUCCCCACUUUGCCACAUCUGGUACUGGCGGAGAAAAAAUCCGUGACAAGCUAGACACAGUUGUUUACAUUGGUAAAGGAAAUAUACUUACAGAGGUGAGGACACGGUGUGACAAGACAAAGCAAUCUGUACUAAUUGAUCAAACAUUGAAGGAAGGGAAAUGUAUUUCUUUCCGUUACUGUUAUACAGAAAAUGAUACAUUAGAAGAAGCAACAGAUCUAUAUCGUCAGUUAUUGGACAGAUACGACUACACUUGGAUUAGAUCAAAGCGAGAAGACGUUUAUGACAAUAACCUGCCAGGAGAAUGGUCUGAAUGGUCAAAGAUAAUGAAACCCGGAGAAGUGGAACAAGACUGGGAAUGGCGGGAUGAAAGAUUUAUCGGUUUUAAAGUGAAAAACCUUGAUGGCAUUUUCAGAGAUGAUUAUGGCGUGUUUGAAUUGGCAGUCGAAAAACCCGUCCGAGACAAGGUUGUCCAAGUUGGAAAAGGAAAAGUUUUAUCUGAGAUUAAAAAGUAUUGUAAAAUUUAUACAGAUGGCUCGUACAAAUUUUUUCAAAUAAGCGAUGCCUUAGCCAAACGCUGCAGUAUUUUAGUUCGCUACAGGUACGUUCACUCUGAGGAGGACGCUGCAAAAGUUGAACAAAAUUUAGUGGACAGAUAUGAGUAUCCUUGGAAUCCUUUGUAUCGGACAAAGAGGGAGGAAGUGGAUGACAGCUCUGUGCCCGGUCAUAACUGGUCUGAGUGGGAUCAAUUGAUGAUGCCACACAGUAACACAUCGGGUUGGAUAAGGCGUGAUCCGGGCCACACAGGGUACCGUCUGACAGACGAAAAUUUGAAAGACAUUGUCAUAUAUGAAAGAGGAGUAUAUGAACUGAGGAUUGAAAAGAACCAUCGCAUCAUAGUCGUGUAUGCUGGGAAAGCAGAAAAUGUAUUACAGAGAUUAACAGAUUAUUGCAAAAAUGGAUCCCACAAACCGCAACGUUUUGAUGACGCCUUAUCACGGGGUUAUAAUAUUUGUGUAAGAUUCAGACAUACUAACAAUAUUGAUGAUACUGAGAAUAAGCUACUGGACAGAUACAAUUAUGCUUGGAAUAAAUCAAGGAACGAUAAGGAAAGGGACAUAUUUUUGCCAUACGAUUUUGAGCACAACUGAAAAAAAAACAUGAUUCCGUCUGUUUUGGUUGUUUUACGAGCAAGUGAACAAAUAAAGUACCAAAGCAGUUAAUGAAGUUGUAGUGAAUUUGUUUCAAAUCAGCAAGUUUAAAUGAUAUCCCUUGAAGGGAAGCAAAGGAUAAUUUCAUCCUCCAUAUCUGGGGUAUUUCCUUUAGUGUAGUUUAUUUCUUCUACAACAUUUAGACCAAACACAUACAUAUAUUGUCAUAUGACAUGUAAAAAGGAGAUAUAUUUCAUGUUUUAAGAGUGGAAUUCGAAUAUGUUUCUUCAAAUAAUAUCAGGAAACUCAAUAGGACAGUAUGCAGUAACUUUAUAAAACUAGUGACACCAACAGGUCGGUCUGGCAAAGAGCACGAGGAAAAUAAACUUGAUUUUAUUGUUUUAAGAAUUCGACAUUGAGAAGAACUGUUUUAUUUUGUGUUAAAACGUAUAGAUUUUAAGUAUUGGUUUUGAGCAAUUCAUCGUCGAAGACGACUGGAAUUAUUUAUAUAUUUGGGCUGAAACGUGAAUUCCCCGAUAAAAAGGAACUAGGAGGAUAAAAACAAUGGCAACUGGAGAAGGUCAGGAAGCUACGCAAGAAUGCCAGAUCAAAUGACAAUAGAAAGCACUGGGGAAUGCUAGGAAAAAAAGAUAGGAACUGUCUUGUGGGUUCUGGAAUCUCAAGAAAUGGAACAUUAAUAAAAACAGACAAUUUUUGUCUUGGGCAAAAUAGGGUUUCUCUGCAUGGCGGGUUAGGGUUUUUCUGAUUAAAACAGAUCCACUAGACGCAUUUGAUGUUCAAAUUGUUUGUGAAGAUUUUGAAGGUAUUUUGUGGCUUAAGCUAGUCAGUAAGUUAGACUCAAUGAAAAAUGAUUACAUUUGUGUUGGUUAUUUACCACAAGAAAACUCCACUCAACAGAUUGAUGCAAAUGGUUGAUAAUAUGUUAUGUGAGUAAUUUCAGAAAGAAGAUAAAGGUAUAUAUGUAAGUGGUGACUUUAACAGCCGCUGUGCUGAUAACUUAGAUUUUAUACAAUAUACAAGGUGUAGAUGAUUUACCUGACAGAGAUCUGAUAAUUUUUAAGUUGUGAGAACAUUAGAUUCAAUGAAUUCGAGCCAAGGUUUUAAUAAUAAUGAUAGUGGCAGACCUGAUCCUUCAGUGUUAAAAUGGAAUUUUAGCUUGUUUAAAACUGUAGACGAGUUUACAGGGUGUUGGCUAGUCCCUGCGCUCAUAAACCUGAGAAACACUCUUUUUUCCUGUUCCUCAUAGCCAAACAGUAGGUUUGCUGCAGAAAUUGAACCAACUCCAUUGACCUUUAACUCAAAGUUUCGUAGCAGUGGCUCUGAAUUUUAUUCACAUUGCGAAUUACACUUGUAAAAUCAAAUCCGGACCAUAAUUACUUUUCGUGGAGGAUAUUGCAUGUAAAUAUAUGUAUUAUUUCUAUUAACAGAGACGUUGUGAUUUUAUCAUUGUAUGUGAACGUGUAGAUAUUCUUGUAAAUCUAGUUUAAAUAUUAAGAUUUGUCUUUAACAAUC